UCAGGAUGCACAAGCAGCGUUUGCCAUUCAACAAUGGACCGGGAGGAUUCGGGGCCAGUGCCUUCAACUUUAAUGCCCCGCAGUUCGGCGAUGGCGGUGGCUUUGGACCCGGUUCCGUUCCCGUUCCCGAGGGUCUCAAUGGAAUGCCCUUUCUGGCCAAGUCACCUAGCAAGCCGCUAAUGCGCUCUAUUAGUCGUCAUCGUUCGUUGGUCGAAGGAGCAGGGUUGGAUUCAAUGCCUCCGCCGCUUCCGGAGAUAGCUCAGCGGAUCCUGAAAGGCAGCGCAAUGGGACGUGGAGGUGGGACACCUCGUUUAGGAGUUCCCAGUCCCAGGAGCACCUACUAUGGUUCCUACGAGGGUGAGCUCGCCGCCAUGUCCAUGCUGGAGGAGACCUCGCCACCGGAUUAUCUGAAUCAAACGCCGAGUUUGGGAAAAGCCAUUACAGAUACCGAUUCGGAGAGCGAUCUGGUCAGCAGCCAGAAGGAUCCUGCCGCCUCCUUGGGUGCCGAAUCCCGCUGGCGUCGUGCCUUCGGCUGCCUGAUGGACACUCUGCCGGAGCAGCGGCGUCAGCGCUUGGAGCAGACCCUCCACCGCUGUGGACAGACGGCGAUUGCCAAGCAUCUGCUGGUGCUGCUCCAGCUUCUGACCCUCGUCGUGGGUGUGGGUUUCCGCCAGGUGAAGAGGAUCGGUUGCUUCUGCGGUGGCGUUCGCUUCCGCGUGGGACGCGCUAAAUUCCAGUUGCGCAGCUCUCUGCGUCAAAUGUUGUGGCGUCUGGCCAAUGCCAAGGCCAAUGACACCUUGCUCUUUCUCAUCGUCGUCCUGGUGACUCCCUGGCUUUUCCUCCUCAGUUUGAUGGGCUUUGCCAUCUCAUUCGUCUUCUCCAUGAAAACGGGCUUGGCCGAGGGCGUUCGUCAUCUGCGCCGGCGUGUAUUUUAGGAGCAAGUGCAGCAACCAGGAGGAUGGAGCUCCUCCCAAAUCAGACACUUUACAUAGAAACACUAGAGCAGCGCAUUCCACAAAAUAAUACAAGACAUACUAACCAAAAACCACCUGAACAUCAACUAUAUUUUGUGUUGCAGCAACGAAAUAGAGCACAAGAAAAGUAAAAAUGAUUUUUUUUUAAGGAUUUUCAUAGGUUUGUGUUUUUAAAACAGAAGGAAUAUUAUUUUAAGAUUUAGAAAAAAAAACGAUAAUAUAAUA